CUACCUGCAGAGCUAGAAUCAACAGGAGGGCUGUGGAUUACGUCAGGUCGCUUCCCGCCGCAGUCCGCUCCUUUUUCAACGACAGUCGGUGUGGACAGAAUCCCUUAUGUGCUUUCAUCGACGACAUUAUUGAUCAGUGAAGUGAGUAUUGAUUGUGAUGGCAGCCAGCGUGGGACUACCCAUGAACCCGCCGCUCGCGGCGGAGGAGCGCGCGGUGUUCGCGCAGCUGAAGCCCGUCAGGAUGUCGGGAGCGGACGGAGCCGAGGACGCGUCCGUGUUCGAGGACGUCAAGCCCGGGACUGCACUGGAGUUGGACAAAUACCUUCCUCAGGUCGCCAGUCCUCUCCUGACUGCAUCCACUGAUGCCAAUGACAAGAAGUACCGGCGAGAAAGCGCCUCGGUGGUGGACGAGUACUUCUCAGAAGACAAACCUUCCACCCCUUACAGCCUCAACAUCAACCUCAUCCUUCCCAACACCACCCACCUGCGCACAGGCCUCUACAGGCCGAACACCAAGACCCUGACGCCGCAUCAGAUAAAGACGGAACCUGGGCUGGAGGUGCCCUGCUCCAUGCCCACCACCACUCAGGCGCUUCCAGACUUCACCUCGGUCUUCAGCAUGCCGCCCGUGGUCAACAACGUUUACAUCAAACCAGAAAUGAGCGCCGGCGGAGCCGUGAAUGUGGGGUCACAGCAGAACUUGGACACAGAACUUCACAUCGGGCCGCAGCCUCCGCAGCCGCAGGUCUACCACAUGCCGAUCACCAGCAGCGCCGACCUGACCAUGACGCUGUCGCACAGCAGCUCGUCCGCUCAUGACUCCGCCGGCGGCAGGACGAUGCUGAACCUCGGGGGUAAUAACUACAUGAUGGCAGAGCACCAGCUGCAGCAGCAUCACGCCUACUACCAGGUCUCUCCCAGCAAUGUGCCGCAGCACACGGCGCCCCACAGCCUGCCGCCCUCACCUCCAAACUCCCAGCCCGGGAGUCCGGACGGCCACGCCGAGCUGCUCAGCUUAGCGUCGCAGCCUCCGCCGCCGUAUCAGCAGCGUCUGGGAGGAGCCAAGGUGGCGGGGCUCACCCCACACGCCCUGCUGAUGACGCACGGUCAGGGGGUUUUGACGGGUCCAAAAUACAACCGACGGAACAACCCCGAGCUGGAGAAGAGGAGGAUCCACUUCUGCGACUACCCAGGCUGCACCAAAGUUUACACAAAGAGCUCUCAUCUCAAGGCACACCAAAGGACGCACACGGGUGAGAAACCAUAUCGUUGCACGUGGGAGAACUGCGACUGGCGCUUCGCUCGGUCAGACGAGCUCACCAGACACUACCGAAAACACACGGGAGCCAAGCCCUUCAAGUGUGUGGCCUGCAGCCGAUGCUUCUCGCGCUCGGACCACCUGGCUCUGCACAUGAAGCGCCACCAGAACUAAAACAGACGCACCCACUUCCCAACCGGGCCGCCUCUGAAAAGCAAGAAUACAAAGACCCCGCCUUGACCUGUCAGAAGCAAAACCAAAGUCCUCUGUGGGCCCCAUGUUUGUGGUUCCUCACAAAAUGGUCUGAAGAACCUCCUGUGGAUGGGUUUCUUGGGUAAACGUCAGACACCUUCUCUGAGUUUCAGAGCCACUCCACCUUUUUCCUCCUUUCUGAACUGAUCCUGCCCAUCGUUUAAGCAGCAGAACAAGUGAAAUGCAUGACUUUGGUUGGUUGUUUCCAUUACCAAGCAGCUCACCUGAAGACAGACCAAGUCGCACUCGGUGAUCCUACAUGGGAUUUAGGAUCCUUCCAUACUUUUCUGCUUUUUACCUUCAGGACGUCGACAUUUUUGUAAAGUUUUUAAGGUAUAAACUUUCAAAGCGAAGAGGCUCUGUACAUACCUGUUUUUAUAAGAGUGCUUCUGUCUAAGGAUGUAAUGAAUGUAUUGAAAUUUAUACUUGAUAUCUUGCUUGUAUUUGUCCUCAAUAUUGGCCUUAAUAGUAAUCCCGCCCUUAAAGAGAAAUCUACUGCUGGGAAAUGUAAAAAUAAUAAUAAAUCAACGGAUGCUUUCCCAGCCUCUUGCGCCUGCGUCAGAUAGCAGAGCGCAUGAUUGUAUCCAUGGCAUUACAGGUUACCAUGGCAACACAGGUCCAUGGUAAACUGCUCUGAUGUCCAUCCCCCUCCAGUUUCUUUUAAUGUUCUUGUACUCUAACAUUUUAGCUGAUGAAAAGCGUCCUGUUCCUGAAUUUUUUAAUGGGCCACACAGAAGCAAAAACUAUGCAGUACAACUUUACAAAAACUGCAAAGUUCCUUGUUUUAGAAAUGUAUUGUCAGCUGAAUCUUUAAAAGCCCUGAAAUUGGUAUAUUUAAGAAGUAAAACUUUCCAUUGAAAUUGUUGUUACGCCUUACAAAAAAGGAUUUGCAUGAAUUUUAAUUCCUGACGGCUAAAAUUUGCCUGAAGUUCACGCAACUUCAGAUUUAAAUCAAUACAGCCUGAUUGAUAGUAGAAUUAGAAGCUAGUAUAUUCAUUCAGUUCUUAAACCAUUGAAAUUAUUAAAUUCCCUGCAACAAUAUUUUUUUCCUUUUAAAAGUGAUUUAUUUUAAAUAUAUUUAGUGUUUGCAUUAAAAAAAAACUUGUGAAUUUUUUCACUUCCUUACUUUAUCCUAGUUUUGUUGUGUUGAGCUGCAAAAAUCACCAAACUCUCACAAGCCCAAACUUUUUAACUUUUUUCCCCAAACACUUCCUGUUAUGUUCAGCUUUUUUAUUUUUUUUUAGUUUAAGGAAGCAAGUUCUCCCGUUUCUCUUAGGGGGGCGCUGUUGAGCCCCCGCUGUGUACAGACCUGUAGAUUUAGUUCUAACCUAAAACUGUAAAUAUUAACUGCUGCUUUAAUAUUGUUUUUUUUUCUUUCAUCCUUUGGGAUUUAGAUCGGUUUUAUUUUAAAGUUUAAUUUUGUUUUUGAUACCUAAUGUGUGUAAAAUGAUUAUCAAAUUGAUAAUGUAAAAAAAUGAUUUAAAAAAUGACUUUGUGCAGCAAUUGUGCUGCAAUAAAAUGAAUAAAAAAUA